UACAUUCUUACAAAACAAAACAACAACCAUCAAAAUUUCUUGAUUUUUCUUUUUCUUUUUUUCGUUGCCAAUGUCUUCACAGCUUUUAACACUCUUUCUCCUUCUAGCUGCUGUGGCGAUCCCUGUCGUGACAAGCAACAGGCAAUGGUGUAUAGCGAUGUCAACUGCGACAGACGAACAAUUACAAGCUAAUAUUGAUUAUGCUUGUAGCCAGAAUGUUGACUGUUCACCAAUCCAACCCGGUGGAGAUUGCUUUAAUCCUAAUACUUUAUUCGACCAUGCGUCAUAUGUGAUGAACGCUUAUUAUCAAAAUCAUGGUCGUGUCGAUCAAGGUUGUGGGUUCCAGCAUACUGGUUGCUUUGUUUUUGCUGAUCCGAGUAACGGCUCAUGUGUCUACUACACUUAAAAAGAAGUUUGUUUUUUCUUUUAAUUUCCUCUUCUUUAUACUACAGUGCUUUGUGUGCUGAUUACGUAUCUUCAGAUUGUU